AUGGUUGUCUUGGAGUUGUUGAAGUACCGCGUUCCUGCAGUGAUCAUUUUGCUGACCCUCUUGAUCCAAUGGAAUCAGCAGAUCCCACAUGGAAUUGACCGGGAUUUUAUGGAGGUUUUCAGCGGCCACGGCGAGAUCAGUCGUGCUAUGAGAGAUGUUGGGAUGGCUGGCACCUCGAUUGACAUAUGUCUGGAUGCAAAAGCCUUUGACCUCACCGGUCCUUCUGCUUUCGGGCUCGUAUUGAACGAAGUGAUGAGAUGCAAACCUGGGAGCACAGUCGUUCUUGCCCCCGAUUGCCGCAGCCUAUCCAAAAUGUGUCGGCACACAAGCGGUCGAUCCUAUCUUACUCCAAUGGGAAAUCGCGGAUAUGUCUUCGUCCGGGUUGGCAAUACACUAUCAGGUCGAACUGUGAUAGUGGCCCUACUUGCUGCAUGGUGUGGUCUUCGAUUCAUCAUCGAGCAACCUGACGGCUCCUUCCUCGAGCACCUGCCACACUAUCAAUGGCUCUUUUCAGUGCUGAAGGUCUACGCUGGCACCAUGUACAUGGGAGUCUUUGGCUCUGGAAGUCCUAAACGGCAUCGUCUAUUUUCCAACUGCAAGUACUACUUGGACACGAUCUGUGACCGAGCAGGAUAUAUGUCACGGGCUGAACAAUCUCUUUGCUCAAACAAGUUGGUCAAGAAGUACAUAGACAAAUCUGGAAAAGUGCGAUGUAGUGGCACUAAGCCAGCAUUGAAGGAGAGCGCGCAUUACCCGGCAGCUUUUGGAGAUUUCUUGGCAUCCAUUGCUCUGGAGUUGCGAGGUGUUACUUGGCUGAAUUUAUCCCUGGAAACAUCAUGA